CGGCAACUAUUCAACAUCUUCGCAACUUGUACCAACAAUGUGAACCGGGGAUGAAAACUGAGGAACGAUCGUCAAACAGCUCCAGUUCCCAGAACCCACGUAUUGAUGACGCCGUAGUGACGAACAAUAGAAAACACGAGGAACCAGCCGCCAUUUCGGUGAAAGAGAAAAUCGUUCCUCCCAAAGAUGGCAGCUUGGCUGAAAACGAUUCUCAUCGAUGGGAACUAUUUGCACUACGCGAGAAAAUCAAGGAAAUGGAACAGCGACAAGUGAAAGUGGAAAGCGGCAGAUUGGUACACCCUGACGAGCUUAAACAUCUGAUACCAGAAUUUUCGGAUGGUCUCGGUAUCAACCGAUGGAUUGACACAAUCCGCUAUAAUAGCGAACUGUACGAGUGGCAAGAUCGAACGACGCUUUUGUAUGCAGGUAGCCGCUUAACCGGCGCGGCCAAUGAGUGGUAUAAUGGAUUUCGUCAUACGAUUAAAACUUUCGACGAAUUUGCUGUUGAAAUUAAAAAGGCGUUUCCCGAUCGCUGCAAUGACGCUGUGAUUCACAGCCAACUAGCCGCAGCUUACAAAAAGUCCGCCGAAUCAUAUACAAGUUACGUGUAUCGGGUUAACGCGUUGGGGAAGUCAGGCAAUGUGAGUGACGAUGCUAUUAUCACUUACGCCAUUAGAGGACUAUCCCGUGAUCCUCUCUACGAUAGUCUCGUCACAAAGGACUACAGCAACAUAUAUGAUCUGAUCGACAACAUUAAGCGCUGUGAAACACAUUUAUUGAUGCGCAAAAAUAUAGAACGCCGCAUUCCUUCUGCCCACUACUCAAAUGUUCCGAGAUUAGUGGCCCCGAGACAGGCGCCAACAGAAACACCUCGUUGUUACAACUGCUCAGAUUUUGGACACCAUUCAUCACAAUGUACUAAACCUCGUCGAGCCUUGGGUUCCUGCUUCCGAUGCGGCAGUACAUCUCACGUCAUCCGUAACUGUCCCGACGUAGUUAGACGACAACCAACAGCAGCCGCAGUUCAGAGCAACGAAAAUGAGACACCGAAUGUAGAUGACGCGAAUAAUGGAAACGUUCUGCAGCUCGAUGCCUAUCAGGAGUGCUAAAAGCUUCGUCAAUGAAGAUAUAAUUCCAAAAACAAAACUACAUACUCCCAUACCGAGCGGAUUUCGUGGAAUAGGGAAUAGUAACCUUCAAACACUUGGAAACAUUGAAUUACAAAUACGCUUUCGUAAUGAAAUCCGUACUCAUACUUUCAUUAUUUUGCCUAAAAAUUACAUGUCGUUGUCUAUGAUAGUUGGGAGAGAUCUAUUAUCUGAAUUCAAAAUCAUUCUUGCGCAGUUACGUAAAAUUUAUAACAAAGCCUAUAUUAUGAACUUAAAUAAAGAUAUAAAGAAUACAAAACCGGAUGUUGUCCAGAGGCUUCAAACUUUGGGUCUGUUGCAUAGUUCAAUACAGGGCUCCUCGUUGGAGGUGGGUCCAGAUUCCGUUUUGUCCGAUUCCAAAAUUUCUGAAAAUUCCAUAUUAGCGUUAGACCAAUCUGAGCAUGAGAAAUCAAUUACCAACGUUUUUCUUGAAAUGUGUUCGAUAGAUAUGAGCGAUGAAACGAUGAGCGCGAUAAAAAUAGGUAAACAUUUAUCUAAAGAACAAAGCAUUGUCAUUAAUUCAAUCGUGGUUAACAAUUACCUAAACUUUCCAGAAGAACAAAUCCUACCAGUGACUCAUAAAAUGCGGAUUAGUUUGACACAUGAUGUUCCCGUUUUUACAAAACCAAGACGACUCUCAUUUGCCGAGAGGGAUAAAGUAAAAGAAAUAGUAAAGGACCUUUUGAAAAAAAUAUAAUACGACCUAGCAAUUCACCUUACGCCUCGGCACUGGUACUGGUAAGAAAGAAAAACGGAGAGAUUCGUAAGUGUGUCGACUAUCGACCGCUAAAUAAAAUUACCAUUCGCGAUAACUAUCCACUCCCUUUAAUAGAAACAUGCCUCGAGCAUUUAGGAAACAAAAAAUAUUUUACGCUACUCGACCUUAAGAGUGGCUUUCAUCAAGUGCAAAUGCACGAAGAAUCAAUUCAGUACACGGCUUUCGUCACCCCUGACGGCCAAUACGAAUAUACUCGUAUGCCAUUUGGCC